GUUGUAAAUGUUUUGCUGCUCAGUCCCACAGAGGGGGCGUAUUAAGAUGGUAACGUCAGUGUAGACCCUCCAUGUGAAACAUCACUGUUUGCUGUGGUAAACUUGCUGCGGUUUAAUUCACAGAAAAACAACUGUCAAAAAAGAAAACUGGAACUUACACGUAAGGUCUCACGCAGCAGGAGAGCGAGACUCUGGGAGGUGGUUGUUCCGCUGGAAUGAAGCUCUGGCUGUUUCCACACCAUCAGAGUUCGUUAUGUCUCAGCGUCACCAAACCAGAGACAGCAAAUCCUCUGGCGUUGCGGGUACAUGGGCAUCUCGAGGUUCCUGGAAAAAGCAGGAUUACGUUUAUUUUGAUGACGAGAUCCCAAGUAAGCACCAAGAGUCUGCCCGUCUUGACCAAUGCUGCAGGGGCGAGCAGCCUGCAGCACAAGAUGGUCACCCCACCUGUGCCUGUGGCUAUCCUGCAAGCCGCUCGUCCUGAUCCUGGUCCUGUUCCCGGCGUGAGAGACGCCAACCGUUCUGUUACCAGGUCUGUUCCUGUAACCACGCCUCCGGACCGGCCGCCACUGAACACCACAGCUGCGUCCCCGGACCCGCCAGUUCCUGUUCCUGGAGUGGAAGAAGCCACACCACAAGCUCCCAUGCCUCAUGCCAGGCCUGUCCCCGUGCCUUGUGCCAGACUUCUCCCAGUGGUUGCUCUUUGAAGUUCUUCUGUGCCUCAAAUGGCUGCCAAUGCCAUGUUGCCUGUUUUCGCAGAUCUACGUCCUGUUUCACAGGCUUCAUGUUUCCUGCCCAUCCUUCCCUGGCCUGUCUCCCGUGUGCCUCCUGUGUCUCUGUUGUUGCCUGCUCCCUUAUUGUUUUUGCCUUCUCUGUUGCCUGGUUUUCCCUUAGUUUGAGCUGUUCAUUGACCCCGUGCAUGCAUAUUUGAAUCAUUGUGUUUAAAGUUUGUACUCCGUGCCUUUGUGUUUCCUAGCAUCUUGUUAGAGCCUGCUUCCUCUUUGUUAAUCGUGUAUCCCCAGAUUGGUAGUUUGACUCUGGCUUUGCCCUGAAUAAAUGUUGCUCUUCUCCGCA